AUGGUGACAACACAGGAUAUUUCAUUGUCAAAAGGGAAAGUGCGCAAUUUCUUUGGGAUAAAUCUCGUCAAGGACAAUUUUCUAAGCACAACCGGCAAAGGAUCGGGUCGGUUUGAGCACUGUGCACACAACGGUAGCGAGGGCUACGAAGACUUACCUGCAACUGGGGCGCAGGAUUGUCUACUGAACUCGAACUUCGAGCAACCGUGGCAUGAUGUAUGCCCCAGCGUACUCCGACUACCCGGAUGCUGA